ACUAGCUCAAACAUGCACGCGUAUUACAUGCAGUAUCAGCAGCAGCAGCAAUGGCAGGCGGCACAGCAAGCUAUCAAGCAGCAGCGCCACCACCACCACCAACAGUUGCGGCAAAGCAUUCGAGAAUUGCGCCAAAGUACACUGAGAGACGUGUUGCGAGAUCGAAACGCAGCCAUGAUGAACCAGCUGCAGGACAUUCAGCACCACUUGCAUAAACACGACGAGCAACAAUCGCAAGCUGCCAUGACAGAAUUACUCCAGCAAAUUCUGCACCAGCAGAAAAAGGUGGAGAAACUGUUGAGUCAACCUCAGCCAUCCGAUCUGAAUCCACAGGCAGAGGAGGAGCCAGCGAAUGCCCCGAAUGUUCCGCAACAAGCCGACGCAAGGGGGGCAGCUAUCAAUCCCUCCCAACCACCACCAAGACAAGCAGCCAAACGGACAUCUGCCAUUCCUGCCACAUCGAAGUCGCUGGAUCCUGCAGAAGGAACAGCGGCAGCAGCCCCUUGGACUGGCGGGCCUCCAAAACGUCCACCGACGGCUGGGGCUGCCGCGGCUCCAGUGGAACGUUCCCAAGCAGGCCCCCACAACGCCACGCCACAUCACGACCGAGGGGGCAAAGAAGAAGUAAUGCCUGUGACGGGGGGCGCCCUCUUUUCCGAGGACGAGGAACAGUUGCUGGCCAUUCCAGAAGAUGACUACGACACCAACGACAUUUUAGCCGAUCCGCCGCCGCCUUCCCAAGGCAAGGAGGAUGUAGCCGCUCAGGUGACAGUCACGAUUCAGGAAUCCAAGCGACAUGACUCGAUGCGGCGAAAGGCGCUGAUGCAGCACAUGAAUCACAGCACCACGGGUCUGAAGCGGCCGCAGUGGCGCCUCGAUGCCGACGCCGCCAACGGAGUCGUGUCGACGUUUGGGGAAGGGGCCAUGGCUCCCGUGCAAGUGUUUCGGUCGGUGGCGAUGGUAGUGCUCAGCGUGGUGUGUCUGCAACGGCUGUCCCUGGCGCGCCGCAAGACGUUGCGGGACGAAGAAGCCCAAGUGAUGGCAAACAUGAUUCAAGUCUAUGUCGAAGCCACUCGAUCGUGGAUGGCCAAGGAAGUGCGGGUGCCCAUCGCGUCCGUGCUACAGGAUCCAACUAUGAACUUUGGCGGAGGAGGGGGUGGAGCGGACAAAGGCUUGAAGAAGAAGUACAAGACCCUUUUGUUUCCGAAAAAGGUCCCCAAGAAUACCCCCCAAGCCCUCGUUCAACUCAAAGUGCGACUCAAAGGCAUUGUCGACGCCAUCGUGAAAACGACGCUCCGGCCGCAAGACACGCCGGAUGCGAUCGCCAAAUUUCUUCGACGAGUUACCACCGACGGCGUGUACUUUCCGCCAGAUUACUUGUCGGCCGAAGAGCGCACGGCACUCGAGUUUAAUUCACUUGGUGCGACGAGAAACAUGACAAUGAACCCGCACAGGUUCAACGUGGUGGUGCUCAACUUCGUUGUGGUGCGGAUCGUGGUGCCCGACUUGAUUCUACGGCCGUGGGAAGGUGGCAUUGGCAGCAAAGUGCAACCUGCUGCCCAAGUGCAGCACAACCUACGAGUGCUAGCCACCGCCAUGUACACGCUGUGCCAGCAAAUCGUACCCACCGCGUUGCUAGAUCCUGGAACUGCGGCGCCAGCUGUGGUCAGCAGCGAGCCCCCCCCGCAAGCGCAGAGCUCCACAAUGCGCUUGCUGACUCAGAUACCCGCCCUUUUGUACCCCAAAGAUGUACUGCCCCUCCAUGACGUCGACUUUGCUGCGUUUCUCAUCGACCAACAGGAAAAGCUGCAGACUUGGCUGCAUCAGCUGCAGCUAGUUGUGCAUACACAGCCACCCGGGAAACCGACCACAACCAACGAGUACCAUAAUUAAUGCAAAUAAUACAACUUCAGGCUCUACCACGA